AUGAAACACAUGAUCGUUUCAACAAGACGGGCGUCUUCACCGAUCAGGAACCGAAAUGUGAUGGCUCAAAGGGUGCAGAGGUCAUACAGCGUCAGCGAUAUUGAGCUGACAGAAGAUCAGAGACAAGACCUACAGCAAGCCUUUGGAAUGUUUAAAACGUCACGAAAGGGUAAAAUAUCAGCACGAGACUUAGGUCCUAUGUUAAGGUGCUUGGGGUGGAAUCCAUCAGAACGAGAUCUCGAAGAGGCAAGACAAGAACUUGAUGUCAGCGCUAGCGGGCGUUUAACAUAUGCUGAUGUGGAGAAAUACGUGUCUCGUCAUGGGGGGAUAUGUCAUAGGACGGAAGAAGAAGAGGAAGAUGUGUUAGGCGCAUUUAAGGUUCUUGAUAAACUCGGAACUGGUAAAAUACCAGUGAAGGAUUUCCGAAGGUAUCUGACAACUAUGGGGGACAAGAUGGCGCCGGAUGAAGUUGAAGAAAUUAUUCGAUAUGCAAAGAAGGACAGCCGAGGACAAAUCGAAUAUAGAGAUCUAAUCAAGGAUCUUCAUUCUAGUCCCUGA